AUGUCACAACAUUCACAACCAGAAAACGAAUCAUUUCGUCUAGCAGCCGCAAUCUUAAAUGCACGUGAAAAUAUAGAUUUUGAAAACGUUUAUCAAGCAAUAUUACUACGUCCUGAAUGGUUGACACUGAUUCCUCCAGGACAUCGUUGGGCAAUUCUACAUCAAAUUGUAUAUCAUGGGAAAGUCGAUCAAUUAGAUCGCUUAUUGGCUCUAGAAGGCAAUAAUGCAAAAUUUCGUAUUUUAUCGCCAACUAACGAUGGUCAGACGGUUUUGGAUAUAGCUGAGGCCAGACCGAUGCUUGAAAGAAUUAAUCGUUUAAAAAAAAUGGACGAGAUGUUAAAUUAUGCAAAGGAAACAAAUUGGACGAAAUGUAAAGAAUUAAUUCAAGAAAGACCAGAAAUUAUAAAUGAAAAACCACCAUAUAGAUAUUUUUAUUUGAUACAUCAUUUGGCUUAUACUGGCGAUACAAAAAUAUUCGAUGACUUGCAUAAAAAAUAUCAUUUUGAUCUAAGUUUAGUUGUUGGUAAUAAUAAAACUGCUUAUGAUAUUGCCUCGGAAAAUGAACGGGAGGAUUUUGUUAAUUAUUUAAGUAAAUUACAAACACCAGUGACAAGAAAUGAAGUGGGUAAUCAUCCGAGUUCAAGCGAUGUAGAAAUUGUACGUAAUCCAGAUGGUGAUGUUUUAUUAAGUAAAAAUGACACCAGUACAUUAACAACAUCAUUAUCACAAUUAAAUAUUGGCAACAAUAUAACUUGUGAAAAUGAUACCAAUUUAUAUGAUUAUAUACGAGGAAUAUCAGAUCAAGAUCUGCUGCAUGCUAUUACAGAUCCAAUAUCAAAAAAAAUAUUACAGGAUCCAGUUCUUGCUUCCGAUGGUUAUACAUAUGAACGUAAGAAUAUUAUGAUAUGGUUUGAAAAAUCAAAAAAUUCACCUGUUAAUGGAACUGAAUUAAAAGAUUUUGAAUUAAAACCAAAUAAGAUAAUCGAAGAAAUGAUAAAAGCCAUAGUAUUACGGUCAAAUAAAAUUCAAAGUUCACCAGCAGUGCCACUUGCAACAUAUUAUAAAAUACAACAAGGUGACACAUUAUCCAAGAUUGCAAAUGCAAAUCAUAUUACAUUAGAUGAAAUGAAGGCAGCUAAUCCUGAAUUAAAAAAUGAUGACUUUUUACAAAUAGGACAAAAUAUUAAACUUCCAAUUGUUCAAAAAUUGAUCGAUAAAACUGUUACACCUCUUCCGGUUUCAUACGAUACAAAACCAGUUAAUCCCCAUUCAAUAUUAACCACAGCGACAACGAUAGAAGAUCAAAAGUUAAUACCAGAAACAGCUAAGUCCAUAAAGAAUGAAUCUAUUAGUAUUUUCUAA